AUGGCGGCGCCCAUGUUGCCCAAACACGAUGUUGCAUAGUGUUGAAAUGUGAUCAUAUUUUUUAUCAACCACUGAUCACAUUGCACAACAACAGUGGCCCUCUUUAGCGUUUGUUUGUCACAUAUCUACGAUAUUUAACAACAUAAGCAGAUGAUAACAGGAAAUUGACAAGGAGGAAUCUAGUUACACUGGGUUAUAUAAAAGUCAUCAUGGGUAAGAGCAAAGGUCACAAGCAGGAUAAACCACAUGGGAAGCAAGGCAAGGGAGGUAGUCAUCACCACUAUAAAAAUGAUCAUCGGAAAAACAGAACUUCAAAAUUUGACCCAGAAAGAUUUUCCGAAAAUCUUCAAGCUGCUGUUGAUGACACUGCUCAGGCCAAAUUCCCGUGUCCCCUGGCAAUGUGGGACUUGGAGCAGUGUGACCCCAAGAAAUGCUCGGGCAGGAAGCUAGGACGACUUGGCUAUGUCCGCACACUGAGACUUCAGCAGCGCUUUGAUGGAAUAGUGCUUACACCAGUUGGUACGAGAUGUGUCUCCCCAGAAGAUAGUGACAUCAUUGCGCAGAGCGGCUUGGCUGUGGUAGACUGUUCCUGGGCUAGAUUGGAGGACACUCCCUUUUCCAAGAUGAAGGCCGGUCACCCUCGUCUGCUGCCCUAUCUCAUAGCUACCAACCCGGUCAACUAUGGCCGUCCAUGCAAACUGUCUUGUGUAGAGGCAUAUGCAGCUGCUUUCUAUCUCACAGGAUUUAAGGAACUAGGAACAAUUCUCUUGUCCAAGUUCAAGUGGGGAAGUAACUUCUACAAGGUGAACAAAGCUCUGUUGGAGAGAUACGUCGCCUGUAAAACCAGUGCCGAGAUUGUGCAAGUCCAGCAAGAUUAUCUGGCAGAAAUUGCAGAGGAAAAACUCUCAAGGAAAGACACAGAUUUCACGGAUAUUGACAUGGAUGUAGAUAUGUGCAAUCCAAACAGAGGCUCUGACCUCCCUCCAGGAUACAGCUCGGAUGAAGAAGAAACUGACGAUGAAGAGGAAGAAGAGGGAGAAGAUGAAGACGGAGAAGAUGAAGCUGGAGAAGGUGAAGGUGAAGGGGAGGGGACAGAAUUAGAUGAAGAGAAUGGAGAAGAAAAGGAGAGUGACACAGAGGAGAAGAUUCCAGAUGUUAAGAACCUACAGAUUAAAAGCAACGAUGAAGGUGAAUUAGAAAGUCUGUCAGAUUCAGCCAAGGUGGAUAAAAUGGCCGACACUAGUAGUCAUGGUGGUGUUUCACCAGAGCUGUCCCAUAGGAAUACAGAGACAAACACCGCUGUAUCCGGUGUUCAGAAAGAUUGUGUCGUUACAGACGAUGGAACAAAAGAUGGAGGACAUAGUAGUGAUAAGGGGUAGUGCCAUGUAAUAUCACAAACUACUGUAUUUAUUUUGAAUAAAUAUUUUAUAA